AUGCGCCCGCCGCAGCUGGAGACUUGCGAUAAGUUCGAUAUUUAUGUAGUCAGAAUCCUUGAGUUUGUGAUCAUUGCUUCACCCGGCCCUCCUCUUCUACCCCUGACACUCCAAAUCGCCAACUCCAGGAAACACCCUUCUCGCUUCCGAUCGACUUUGCAGGCGGUCAACAGGCAGGAAGAGAUGAACCAAGAAACGAACCACCACCACCACCACCUGCUCGGUAUCCCGCCACCCAACGACCAUCAGCCAUUGACGAAUCAGUUCGAAGUAUUCUUGAACCAAUUCAAUCGGAUCACCCAGACCGUCUUCACGCAGAUUGCCUCCUCCUCUUCCUCCUCACUAUCCUCUUCUUCAUCAACAAUCAACUCAAAUCAGACGAAUCCAGAGAUAACAGUCCUCCAGGAGAUCAUCCAGUUGGAAAUCUAUCUGUACAAAUUACUAGAAAUCAACUCUCAACAUGAUCGCAAUUCCAAAAAAAUCCAAAACCUUUAUCUCACCUUAAACAGCUUGAAUUCAAAUCAGUUCAAAAAGAAAUUAGAUCAAAUCUUUUCUAUCAAAAAUAAACUCGAUCUCAUCUGUUCGGAUGGUCAAAAUGAGAAGAAUCGGUUUGCAGAAUUAAAUCAGCUGGCUUUGACACCCGGUCACAUCAUGUCAUACGCGCGAUUGAUCGCCCCAUAUACCUCAGCCCCGCCGGCGCCAUCGACAGCCGAUCAAGACCAGCCGAUCAAUCCUUCCUCCGGUUUAGAUUUGCAGGAUCCAAGCUUACGAUUCCUGAUGCCCUUCCCCACGGAAGACGUCAUCAGACGCGGCAGGAUGGGCCAAGAGAUGUCCGCCCCCGUCAAUGGCGCAAAUGAUCCCCUGAACGGCGGAACUGAGAUCGGCGCGCUCCUUGGGGAGAUCAGGACGGCAGAUGGAGCCCGACCGACUCAGAAUCAAAUCAAUCCGCAUCUGGCUGCUUAUCCAACCAUGCCUUCGAGACGGCCACCUCCACCCCCACUGCCCGAUGCCGAGGACGAUCUGUUCGAUCUGGACCUCAACCCAGACCUAUAAUCGAAUUCGCAUCAAUCCUGAAGGUUGGAGAGAAUGGAUGCCCAUUUAAUCAGAUCAGACUCUAUUAUAUUUCUUACUCGGGGCUACACAGCUCUUACCGCUCUCAAGUCCUUGAUAAUUGUAAUUUUGAUCAAUGAAACCCCCUUCAACCCAAUUUAAUGAACACGUCUAUUUAUUGGACAUUAAGUAUUCAAGUCAAAAGGAUUAUAUGAAUCUCACAUUAUCUCAAUAAUCG